AUGAGGGAGCCUAGGCAACACAAUAUUGUCGUGGAACUCACAAAAACAAACCUGCAGGAAAGAUCCAUAUCAGAGGAUACCAAUUGGGGGAAAAGGCGUAGGAGCCGAGCGACGAUGGUAGAGAAAGAGGAGGGUGGGAUUGGUUUAGAUGGUUUUCUCAGCGACUUAGCGGACGCUUUUAGGGAGGGGAUUUACUCAGACAUUCAAGUGAAGCCUAGCAGUGGUCCUUGUAUACGGGCUCAUAAAUUUUUGUUGGCAUCAAGAUCUAAGAUAUUUAAAAACAUGCUAGCAUCAGAUUUAUGCAAAGCUGCACCGGACGACUCCAUCUCUCUCUCUGAAUUUGAUCAUGAGGAACUUGAGACUUUUUUGGAGUUUCUCUACCGGGGAGACUUGCCUGUAGAAAAGUUUAAGAAGCAUUAUUACUCCCUAUUAAUAGCAGCCAACAAGUACGUGAUUCCACACUUGCAAAAAAUUUGUGAGCAUCAGCUUCUUAAAAUAUUGAACUUGUCAAAUGCGCUCGAAAUUUUAGAACUCUCGGAAGUUGUCUCGAAUGAGACAUUAAAAGUUGCUGUCUUAAAAUCAAUAGUACUCAAGUAUAAAGAGAUAGUUCUCACACCUGAAUUUGAUGAGUUCGCAAAACAGAAUCCGCAGUUGGUGGGAUGUAGGAGAAAACGUAAUCAACGAAGGGUGAGAUGCAAGACAAGUAGCGAUGCUGCUUUUUGUGUGCACUUAAUAGAGGGAGGUGAUGCAGUGUACUUUUGA